AUGGCAUCCUUUCAUCGACUCGUGUUGGUGUUGGUCCUGGCCGUCUUGUCCAUCGCGACGGCACAGCAGACAUCCGCAAAUAAACCCAGCUAUCCGGUUUGCGCCACAAAAUGCAUAGCUCAGGCCUUCCAAGGCGGCCUAUGUGCUCCUACAAACCAGACUUGCAUAUGUACAAACGCAGCGUUUCAGUAUAACGUCACGCUGUGUGUUACGGGAACUUGCACGAUUCCCGAGGCUCUCGCUACCAAAAAUGCGAGCCUCACGAAUUGCGGCGCUCCGGUGCGCGACCGAUCCCAGGAAUACGUGAUACUCUCGAAUGUCAUGGCCAUUCUGGGUGCGGUCUUCGUCUUGGCUCGGUUCUCAUACAAGAUCUUCUUCGCAGGCCUCGACAUUGGCUGGGACGACUGGUUCGUCUUGGCCACGUUGAUUGCUGCCAUGCCGAGCGCUAUCAUCACCGUCUACGGAACAACGAAGAAUGGCCUCGGCCGAGAUAUCUACACGUUGACGCCGCAGAUGAUCACCAAUGUCUUGUUCUACUUCUACAUCAUGGCUUGGUUGUACUUUUUGCAGGUGACGCUCGUCAAGUUGGCCAUCAUUUUCUUCUACAUGCGAAUCUUCCCUGCCAGAGAAGUGCAGCGGAUGCUUUGGGGAACAACGAUAUUCAUCAUCGUGUGGGGCUUGGCGUUCGUUAUCACCGCCGUCUUCCAGUGCAAGCCUAUCCACUACUUCUGGACCAAGUGGGACGGGCUACACGAAGGCAGUUGUGCGAACGCCAAUGCUAUCAGCUGGUCCAAUGCCGCUAUCAGCAUUGCCUUGGAUUUGUGGAUGCUGGCAAUCCCGUUAUGGCAACUGCGGGCUCUAAGGCUGCACUGGAAGAAGAAGAUCGGCGUCGCGAUGAUGUUCAUCGUGGGGACCUUUGUGACCGUCGUGAGCAUCAUCCGCUUACAAUCUCUCGUCGAUUUUGCCAAAGGCUCUAACCCAACGAUGGACUUCAUGGAGGUCAGCAUCUGGAGCACCAUCGAGAUCAUCGUCGGAAUCAUGUGCGCCUGUCUACCAUCUAUCCGCAUGAUUCUGGUCAAGUUGUUCCCGUCUAUUUCCGGAUCGACAAUCAGGAGCAAGGGUCGUCAGUACUAUCAACAGUACGGGAGCGAUAAUAGGUCCAAGGCCGCUCGCAGCCAGCCCCGAACAGUCGGCGUGGUUACUGUCGAUAGAACGAGCCCGGAUGUCGAUUCUCAGGACCGCCAUAUCAAGUUUCAGAAGACAUUCACAGUCUCAUACAGCGAUAGCGAUGAAGCUAGCCUUGUGCAGAUGACGGACCUGCAGAGGCCAAGACAAGCACAUCAUUAG